UUUUGACACGAUGUUUUGCUGUGCAAGUUGUGGUGGAAAGCAUACCGAAGGUGUAAUUUGUAGUGCCUGUAAACAGCACUUCGACUUCCAGUGCUCCGGUAUUACGGAAGCGGGCUACAGGAAGCUCGGAGAUAGAAAAAAUACGUGGCGCUGCCCUAAGUGCAAAUCGGGUGCGGUUUCGCCUCAACCCAAUCAGAUGGAUAGGAUGCAAGAUCAGCUUGAAAAAAUCAUGUCUCAGCUCACUCCCUUGGCUUCACUUGUUGAGGAUGUGAAAACUAUAAAAAAUGAAAUUGGUGGUCUUAAGGACUCCUUGGAAAUGGCACACGAUCAAAUAAAGAGCUUUGUUGAUAAAGUUAAUUCUCUUGAAAUUAAGAUCGAUGAAGUGCAAAAGGUAGCAGAUGAGGUCCCAGUUUUAAAGGCUGAAAUCCAAAGAUUAAAUCAAGAGCUAGGAGAAAGGGAUCAAUGGGCCAGAUCAAAUAAUGUAGAAAUCCGAGGGAUACCACUAAAGAAUAGCGAAAAUCUUUAUGAGAUCGUACAAAAAGUUGCCACGUUAUGUAAUUAUCCUAUAAAGAACGACGAUAUCAAUUACAUUGCACGAAUACCUACCAGGAAUUCUGCAUCCGAAAAGCCGAUUGUGAUGGCACUCAAUAAUCGCUAUAAGAAGGAGGCAUUUGUGGCUUCGGCUAGGAAAUGCAAUGAGCUUAAUUUGAUAAAUUUAGGAUAUUCUACAGCUGGCAAUUUCUACGUCAAUGACCAUUUGACAUUAUCAAACAAGGAACUCUUGAGAAAGGCGAGAUCAACCGCCAAAGAAAAAAAUUUUCAAUAUGUUUGGGUCAAACACUGCAAAAUCAUGGUCAGAAAAUCAGAUACUUCGCCAAUCAUAUUCAUAAAAAACGACAAAGAUUUACUGAAAAUAAAAUAAUGUUAAAGUUUUUAUUUUGGUAUCUUAGAAUAUUGUUUAAGUGUAAAAACAGUUUGAGAACCUCGGUCAAUACUGCAUUCUUUUGUUUACUUGAGUUGGUUAGAAUAAAAGGUGGCAUCGGCCAGCGUGAUAAUGGCGUAAGUAUUUACGCUUGCAUAGGAGUGUACGCGCUACUGUUAUGUGUUAUUUGUAUUGUUCGGGUCAUUAUUGCUUGUACUCGUACACGGAUUGGUGAGCAGUUGUUAUCGCAUAUGCAAAUUGUAUUUUUAUUACUCAUCUACCUUAGUAACUACGUUCUGAUUCUUAUCUAUUUAUCUAUUGGCAUGGACAUGAAAAAGUAUUAUGGGUAUAGUUUAUUGAUUGUUAAUGUUAUUUUUGUUUGUAUACCAUUCACGAUCUUCUUGGAUCUAUACAUAAAAUAUAACAAAAUAGAAAUAUUGCUAAUAUGUUUUAGAUUAGAUGUAAAAAAACAAAGUUCGUCAAGUUAUUUCCAUGACUGGUCAUUAUUUUUUAUUUGUUUACUUAGUAUCGCUUUAGUUAUUGUACUUCGUUUACAUCUGUGGAUAAGUUAAGUGUUUACUAUCAAAAUACCCAAGGACUACGAACCAAGACACAUGAUUUUAAGCGUAAUUUAUUGAUGAACCAUUAUGAUAUUAUUUCGUUGACUGAGUCAUGGUUGCCAGACAGUAUAAGUGAUAAUGAACUCUUUGAUGAUAGAUAUAUAGUAUGGCGUAGGGAUAGGGAUUACUCGCGUACUGGAGAAAAGAUGGGAGGCGGGGUUAUUUUGGCCGUGCGUCGCGAUAUUACAUCAGUGGGUCGCCCCGAAUGGAGUUCGUCAGCUGAGGACGUUUGGGUCACUGUAACCCAAAGAUUUAGUGAUCGACAACAAAAAAGGAUCCAUUUUUGUACUAUUUAUUUAUGCAGCGAAAAUCAGGGUUAUUCAUUCAACUCUCAACUUCAGAAUUUUACUGAUAAAUUAUCUUAUGUAGUGAAUGCUUAUCCAGAUGAUUACUUUGUAAUAUUAGGUGACUUUAAUCUUAGUAACGUAGACUGGUACCUGAAUGAUGGACAGCUGCAACCUUCUGGUGUAUCCGGCGAAAAUCAGAUCUAUUUUUUCGAUACCAUCGCGGCGUGUAAUUUAUCGCAGUUUAAUAGUAUACGUAAUAUUAGUAAAAAUCGUAUUCUUGAUUUAAUAUUCUGUAAUUCCGAAUUAUCGGUGACUGGUUGUGAUGACCCGUUAGUUCCGGAAAAUGUUCAUCACAAAUCUCUGAACAUUACUCUAAACUUUGCCGUUACUCAGUCUCUGGAAGUCAAUUCAAGGCUCAAAUAUUUUUUUGAGUCUGGCGAUUAUGACAAAAUUAUUUCAUUUUUAAAUCAGAUUGACUGGGUAACUACCUUAAAUGAUACUAGUUUAGAGGAGGCUGUUACCUAUUUUUAUCAAUGUUUGUACGAUGCCAGGGAUAAGUUUAUACCUCAUAAAAUCAUUAACCCUACUUCUUUUCCUCCAUGGUAUAAUGCUUCUUUAAAAAAGGUACUUAAAGAAAAAUAUAAAUUUUUAAAAAAAUUUCGCAAAUACCACAAUUUAGAGGACUAUGUGACAUUUGCACUGCUUCGCCAAAGAGCUAAAUCACUCGAAAAACAGUGUUACACUGAAUAUAUUAAAAAUAUGGAAGCUGAUAUAUGUGACAACCCCAAACGUUUCUGGUCGUUCGUCAAGUCUAAUAAAAAGGGAACUAAUUUUUUACCUGCUACUUUAACUUACAACGGUCUCUCUGCCCAAUCUGGUGAAGACGUUUGUAAUCUAUUUGCUGCAUAUUUCCAGUCAACUUUCUCUUCUAGUAAUGAUUCGGUUACCAUUGGUAACAUGCCAGAUGAUAAUUAUACUCAAUCUAUGGGAGACAUUGAGAUUAAUCCUGAACAAGUUUAUGAGCUGUUAAAAUCUACUGAUUUAAAUAAAGGUGCUGGACCGGAUGAUAUUGCACCAUUGUUUAUUGUUAAAUGUGCCUCAGCUUUAUGCGAGCCUCUAAGUAUAUUAUUUAAGCGAUCCGUUCAAGAAGGUAUUGUUCCUAAAAUAUGGAAGUCCGCGUUUAUAACCCCCGUUCAUAAAAAAGGCAGUAAAGCUGAGGUCAUCAAUUAUAGACCAGUCUCCAAAUUAUGUAUUUUUGCAAAAAUUUUAGAACGAAUUGUCAGCACUCAAGUUUAUAGUGCCCUUUCUAAUGACUUUAUUGAACAACAACAUGGUUUUAUAAAGAACCGUUCUACUGUCUCUAACUUAAUCUCUUUUAUUGAUUUUGCUACUGAAAAUAUGGAAUCCGGAGGGCAAGUUGAUGCUGUCUUUACUGACUACAGCAAAGCAUUCGACCGCAUUGAUCACUCUAUUCUUUUAGCAAAGUUAGUUUCGUCGGGUAUUCAUGGAAACUUAUUUAGAUGGUUCUCGUCCUACAUAGAAAAUAGGUCUCAGGCUGUAGCAGUGAAUGGAUAUUCCUCAAGGUCUGCCUUGGUCCCCUCAGGUGUGCCUCAGGGAUCCAUACUAGGGCCAUUACUAUUUAAUAUCUUUAUUAAUGACAUUCACUCAUGUUUUGUUCAUUCACAAAUUUUAUUAUAUGCCGAUGAUAUGAAGAUAUUUAAAAAGAUUUCCAAUAUUGAAGAUUGUUAUCUACUUCAACAAGAUUUAAAUAGAGUGGCUGAAUAUUGCAAAAGCAAUAGACUAGAUCUUAACAUAUCUAAGUGUAAUGUUAUUACUUUUACUCGGAAAAAUGAGCCUGUGAAAUUUAAAUAUGAGUUGGAUGGCCAUGAGAUAAGUCGUGUUGACAAUGUUAAGGACUUGGGCGUAAUACACGACUCUAAACUUACUUAUGAGAUGCACAUUGAUCACAUUAUUAAUAGAGCUAAUAAAUUGCUUGGUUUUAUUAUUCGUUCUAGCUCACAAUUCUCUAACAUAAAACUUGUUAAAAUUUUGUAUUGCUCGUAUGUACGUAGUGUUUUGGAGUACUGCUCAAAUGUUUGGAAUCCACAAUAUGAUGUAUAUGUCAAUAGAUUGGAGUCUAUACAACGCAGAUUACUCAGACAUUUGCAAUUUAAGUGUAAAACCUAUGUAUCAGGAUAUGAUAAGAGAUGCAAAAAGUUCCAUUUUCUACCUUUGAACGUACGACGGGAAGUUGCAGACAUAACCCAACUUGUGAAAAUUGCUCAGUCUAAAGUUGAUUCUCCCCAUCUUCUUUCGAAAAUUAAUAUUAGAGUCCCUAAUAGAAAUUUGCGCCAACCUAUUAUUCUUUCCACUCCACGCUGUGCCACUAAAUAUAGAAAAAACUCUUUUUUUCUCCGAGCUUCUCUUGCUUUCAAUAAAAUUAAAAUUAAUUUUGAUUUGGAUUUAGAUUUGUUCUUUUCCAAUACUAAUAAAUUCAAAAAUUCAUUAUGUAAAAGCUGGUUUGACCGAGUUUCCGAACAUAGUUAGUUUUAUAAAUUAUAGUAUAAAAACAUCACAGUAUUGUACUGGUAGGUAUAAACAUAAGACAUAUUUUCAAGCAAGCAUUUAAGAGUAAUAUGCGAAAACUGUAUAACUGUGUUUAAGUUAAUUUAAUAUUUUAGUAAUUUACAUUAAUUUUACUGUAAGUUUUCCUGUUAAAAUAAAAAAAAAAAAAAAAAAAAAAAAAAAUACUCCAAUUUAUGCUUGUUUCUUAGAUCUAUCGCAAGCUUUUGAUCUGGUAUCAUAUGAUGUGCUAUGGUCUAAAUUGAGGGAGUCGGGUGUUGCUCCAGAUGUAAUUAAUAUCUUUUCACAUUGGUAUAGUCAUCAAAAGAAUGUAGUCAGAUGGGCCAACGCUUGUUCUGAUGAAUAUGUGCUCAGUUGUGGUGUAAGGCAGGGAGGAUUAUCCUCACCUAGACUGUUUAAUGUAUAUGUAAACAAACUGAUUGAGGGACUGAGCAGCAUGCGUGUCGGGUGCAGCAUUGACAACAUUACUGUUAAUAACAUUAGCUAUGCAGACGAUAUGGUGCUGCUCAGCCCUGCAAUCAGUGGAUUAAGGAAACUUUUAUGUUAUUGUGAGGCAUAUGCAGUGAAACAUGGUUUGAAGUACAAUGAGAAAAAGAGCGAGUUUUUAUUAUUCAGAGGUAAUCUGAAAAAGCCUCAAUACAUACCUCUAGUACUUCUGAACGGAGUACCUUUGAACUAUGUUUCACAUUUUAAGUAUCUUGGUCAUAUUGUGACAGAAGACCUGAAGGAUGACCAAGACAUUGAAAGGGAACGCAGGGCUCUGUCGAUUAGAGGCAAUAUGUUGGCCCACAGAUUCACAUGGUGUACAACAGGAGUUAAACUUACGUUAUUUAGAGCCUUCUGCCAAAACUUUUACACCUGUGCUCUGUGGACCAGCUUUUCGCAGAGGUCGUACGAUGCUCUGCGCGUCCAAUAUAAUAACACCUUUAGGGCCCUGUUUCGGCUCCCCCGCUACUGCAGUGCAUCAGGCAUGUUCGCAGAUGCAGCGAUAGAUGACUUCUACGCAAUCAUGCGCAAGAAGUGGCUAUCGCUCAUACGCAGGGUCAGGGGGAGCGGGAACAGAGUCCUGAGGAUGAUAGCAGACAGGAUGGACGCAGCGGUCUUCAGGAGGUUCACUGAGUUACAUGUGACGAGGUGAACCUUCUGAGAACCAUGUAAGUAAACUUAAACUUAAACUAAAAAUUAAAAUUAUUAUUAUUAUUAUUUUGUAAUGGAAUUUAUUAUUAUUUAAUUUAUUAUUAUUAUUCAAUGAAUGUAUUAAAAUGUAAUUUUGUGUCAACGAUAUGGGUCUAGAAACCUGGAAUAAAUGAUUUUUAUUUUA